UGCCGGCGGUGGCAUCGCGAUCGCCUCGUUGUUGUGCCGCUGCUCUGGCGUAGAACACCAAACAUUUUUUCAACGAUCUCUCGGACGAUGGCGCGAUUAAUGAUCAGUGAUGAGGCAACUUUUCAUCUUCUUUCGCUCGUUGAGCAGUACCCGUGUCUUUGGGAUACCGGCAGCGCUGAUUACAGCAAGACAAACCUCAAGACAUCAGUAUGGGAACAUAUCGGUAUGGAAAUGAUGGAGCGUUUUCCCCAGUUCGGGCCGUACAGUGCAGAUAGCCUCAAGCUACUGCUGAAGAACAAGCGGCGAACCUUCAGGGAGGAGAAAAAAAAGAUCCUCCAAACAAAAAGCGGCCAACCAUCAGACGACGUUUAUAUUGGGAAGUGGAAGUUCUAUAGGGCAAUGCUCUUCCUGGAUGCCAGCGAUGUAAAUCCAGGGAAGCGUACAUGCAGCGACAACUAUGGAGAAACCAUAGAAGAGUCGUAUAAUUACAGGACUGCGAGGGUUCUGCAGGAGGCAGCGACGUUUCAACCCCCAGCACUUCGGUCGAGCCAUGUUCUCCACCCUCCCAAGGGGACGCAAGUGCCGUCCGGUCAUUGA